ACAAAAGGACAUUUCGAGAAAUUCUCUUUAGUAUUUGCCAAUAAUACCUCACCUUCAGAGGCUAUACAUGUCUUGAAAAAUAGCUGAGCACAUGACAUGGCAUUUGAAAUGCUGUGGUGAUACGGAUGAGAUCAUUCAUCCAACACAAUCAAAAGCAUGGAGACAUUUUGAUGAAAUGCAUUCUUCUUUUAAAAAAGAACCUCGUAAUGUACGAUUAGGUUUUGCUACUGAUGGUUUCAACCCAUGAACUCAUUCUUCAACCUCCUACUCUUGUUAGCCAGUUUUUUUGAUUGUUUAUAAUGUCAUGACCCAGAACCCAAAUUCGGGGACGUGACAGAUGCCGUACACUUGUGAGAGGGUCCCACAAAUGCACAACGCUCGAAACUUAUCAUACCGUACUCUGAUACCACAAAAUCUGAAGAUAA